AUGAAGCGGCAGUUGGAAAGUCGUGCAGCAAACGGGGAUAGUCGCCAGCUCCGAAAUUUAGAGAUGUCCAAUGGAGACCCAGUGGGCCCGCCCGUUUACGGAAAGAGCCUCGGUACUUUCCUAGCUUCGAGGUUUCCACAACAAGCAGAAGGAAAAGAGGACUUGAAGCCGAGGCCGGAACUCGAGAGACACGACACAGUCCAGUAUUCUAUUCGCUGCAAAGAUAUCGCCCAGGACUUGAUGAAGUUGGCGCUGUCUUGUGACUAUCAUUUGUUCACAUGGCUCCUUUUAGACUGCGCAGCUACGAAGUACAUUGUCAUGGCUGAGACCAAAGCUGUAAUUCUUGCCAAGGAUCAAGAGGUCAAAUGGGCUCCUCUGUGA